AUGUACUUCUAUUUAUCGUCAUUCAUGUACUGACAUUUUUAUUUGUUUCCUCAAUAUUCCAGAUAGGGACAAUCAGUCCAUGUUGAUCACAGGUGAAAGUGGUGCAGGAAAAACAGAGAGCACAAAAAAGGUCAUUGCGUACUUUGCGAAUGUUGCAGCCUUGAGGAAGGAUCAUCUUGAGGACACAAAGCCGGCCGCAAAGGACACAAAGGUUGGCACCUUGGAAGAUCAAGUCAUUCAGACCAACCCUGUGCUGGAGGCAUUCGGAAAUGCCAAGACAGUCCGGAACAACAACUCCUCCAGAUUUGGAAAGUUCAUCAGAGUUCAUUUUCAAGCAAAUGGCAAACUUGCAGGGGCUGACAUUGAGACGUAUCUAUUGGAGAAGUCCAGGGUGACAGCCCAGCAACCUGGGGAGCGCUGCUAUCACAUAUUUUACUACCUGUUGUCAGGGAGGUUUCCAGAACUUCAAGAAAAACUUCUUUUGACUUCAGACCCCAAAUUCUACAAGUUCAUUUCCCAAGGAGACACCAGAAUAGAUGGAGUGGACGACUCGAUGGAGAUGAAGUUCACCGAUGAAGGGUUCGACAUCCUCGGCUUUGCUCCUGAGGAGAAGCUGUCCAUUUACAAACUGGUGGCUGGAGUCAUGUACUUUGGAAAUAUGAGGUUCAAGCAGAGACCUAGGGAAGACCAGGCUGAUAUAGAUGGCACACAAGAGGCAGAGAAGAUCUCCCAUCUGCUUGGUGUGCCAGAGCCAGAAUUGGUCAAAUCUAUCCUGAAGCCGAGGGUCAAGGUCGGUAAUGACUUUGUCACGAAGGGACAGAACAUGCAGCAGUGCUACGAGGCUGUACGUGCCCUAGCAAAGGCCAUCUACAACCGGAUGUUCAGCUGGCUGGUGGCUCGACUCAACAAGACUCUAGACACCAGAAUGCAGAGAAGUUACUUCAUAGGGGUUCUAGACAUAGCAGGAUUUGAGAUUUUCGAGUUUAACAGUUUCGAGCAGCUGUGUAUUAACUUCACCAAUGAGAAGCUGCAGCAGUUCUUCAACCACCACAUGUUUGUGCUGGAGCAGGAGGAGUACAAGAGGGAAGGCAUCGAGUGGGAGUUCAUUGACUUUGGCCUGGACCUGGAAGCCUGUAUUUCUCUCAUUGAGAAGCCUUUGGGCAUCAUGUCUAUCCUGGAGGAGGAGUGCAUGUUCCCCAAGGCUUCUGAUGACACCUUCAAGGCAAAGCUGUACGAGAACCAUGAUGGCAAGUCUCCCAACUUCCUCAAGCCCAGGGUGCAGAAGGAAGGACCACAUGAAGUUCAUUUUGAAGUUAUCCACUAUGCUGGAGUGGUUGGCUACAACCUGUAUGGUUGGCUGUAUAAGAACAAGGACCCCCUGAAUGAGUCUUGUGUGAGCUGCUUCGCCAAGUCCCACCUGGACCUGUUGGCCGUGCUCUUUGCUGAAGACGCCUCACAAGAAAGUGGAGGUCGAAACCCUGCACGAUCCCUGCCCAAGUAUGGGUACAUCGAUGUAGCUGAAAAAGCUGCAGCGGCUUCCAGGAAGCACAAGAAGUCUGGUGCCUUUCAGACUGUCUCAGCAAAACACAGAGAACAACUGAACAAGCUGAUGACCAACCUGCGGAACACUGCCCCCCACUUUGUGCGGUGUAUCAUCCCCAACGAGAGGAAGACCGCGGGAGAGAUCGACUCCUUCCUGGUGCUACAUCAGCUCAGGUGUAACGGUGUGCUGGAGGGCAUCCGCAUCUGUCGCAAGGGCUUCCCCAACAGGAUGAUCUUUGCAGAGUUCAGGCAAAGGUACCAGAUCCUGGCACCCACUUCAAUCCCAGAAGGCUACAUUGAGGGAAGGGAGGCGUCAACACUUCUCAUCGAGGGCAUCGACCUGGACCCAUGUGAAUAUCGUAUUGGAAAAACAAAGGUGUUCUUCAAGGCAGGUGUGCUGGGACACCUGGAGGACCUGCGAGACGAGCGGCUGGCCAUCAUCAUGACCAUGAUCCAGGCCAGAGCACGGGGCCUGCUCCAGAGAAAGAUCUUCAAGAAAAUGAUGGAGCAGAGAAUUGGACUGUCCAUCAUCCAGAGGAAUAUCAGGCGAUACCUAGUCCUGAGAAACUGGGCAUGGUGGAGACUCUUCACCAAGGUCAAGCCCCUCCUCAAGGUCGUCAAACAGGAGGAUGAAAUGAGAGCAAAAGAGCUGGAGAUCCAACAACUGAAGGAGAAACUAGCCAAGGAGGAAGCCAUUCGCAAGGAGACGGAGCAGCAGAAUGCCACCCUUUCUCAGGACAAGAACGAUCUUGUUCUGCAGCUACAGGCAGAGCAGGACAACCUGGCUGAUGCCGAGGAGAGGUGUGCUGCACUUAUAAAGACCAAGGCUGACUACGAGGCACAGAUCCAAGAACUACGCGAGAGAUUAGAGGACGAGGAAGAUGCAAACGCCGAGUUGACGUCAUCCAAGCGUAAGAUUGAAGAGGAGUGCGAUGAGCUGAAACAUGACAUUGAAGACCUGGAGAUGACCCUUUCCAAGGUGGAGCGUGAGAAGCAGGACUAUGAUCGCAAGUGUGGGCAGCUGGAGGCUGAGCUGGUGGAUAAGGAGGACACCAUCGACAGAGUCACCAAGGAGAAGAAGAAACUGGAGGAACUCAACCAGCAAACCCUGGAAGACUUACAAGCUGAAGAGGACAAGGUCAACCACCUUAAUAAGGUUAAGGUCAAGUUGGAGACCACUCUUGAUGAGCUGGAAGAUGCCCUGGAUGAGGAGAAGAAGAUCCGGCAGGAGGUGGAGAGGAUCAAGAAGAAACUGGAGUCAGACCUGAAGGUCGCUCACGACAAAAUCGCAGACGGAGAGAGCAAGAGGAGCCUCCUGGAGGAAGACAUCUCCAAGAAGGAGACGGCAAUCCAUGUGCUGGAGGCCAAGUUUGAAGACAGCCAGAGCACCGUUAGCAACCUUCAGAGACGCAUCAAGGAGCUGCAGGCUCGUAUCGAGGAGCUGGAGGAGGAACUCGACACAGAGCGGCAGACUCGCAUGAAGGUUGAGAAGCACCGUAAUGACCUGUUGCGGGAGCUGGAUGAGCUCAGUGAGCGGCUGGACGAGGCCGGCGGAGCCUCUGCUGCACAGAUCGAACUCAACAAGAAGAGGGAGAUGGAACUCGCCAAGAUCAGAAGGGAGCUUGAGGAGUCCACCAUGCAGCAUGAGGCCAGCGUGACCACGCUGAGGAAGCGGCACAGCGACCAGCUGACGGAGCUGACGGAGCAGGUGGAGAGCCUGCAGCGGUCGCGCACCAAGCUGGACAAGGAGAAGAACCAGCUGCGCGUGGAGCUGGACGAUGUCGCCACCCAGCUGGAGGCUGUCACCAGGAUCAAGCUUCACCUGGAGACCAACGUGCGCGAGCUUGAGACUAAGUACUCGGACGCCAACGGCCGCAAUGAGGAGCUGACCAGGCAGCUGAGCGAUCUGCAGGUGCUGCGCUCCAAGCUGACAGCUGAGAACGCCGAGCUGGGCAGGCAGCUGGACGAUGCUGAGGCCCAAGUCCGCGAGCUGAGCCGCACCAAGGCCCUCGUGCAGCAGAGCUACGAGGAGGCCAAGAAGGGUCUGGAGGAGGAGACCAGGCAGCGCACCCAGCUGUCUCACCAGGUGGUGCAGCUGCAGCAUGACCUGGAUGUCCUGCGUGAGCAGCUGGAUGAAGAACAGGAGGGUAGGACCGAGCUUCAGAGGCAGCUAUCCAAGGCUAACGCAGAGUGUGCAUCUUGGAGGACCAAGUAUGAGACAGAGGUGAUCCAACGGCUGGAGGAGCUGGAGGAACAGAAGAAGAAGCUAGCCGCCAAGCUGCAGAUCGCAGAAGAGCAGGUUGAGGCAGCCCAAGCCAAGGUGUCCAGCCUGGAGAAGACUAAGAACCGCCUGGCAGGUGAGGUGGAGGACCUGAUGAUUGACCUGGAGAAGGCCAAUGCAGCUGCAGCUGCUCUGGAGAAGAAGCAGCGCCUGCUCGACAAACAGAUUGCAGAAUGGAAGGUGAAGUGUGAGGAGAUCACAUUGGAGCUGGAUGCCAGCCAGAAGGAGUGCAAGGCUUACCAGGUCGAACUGUUCAAGCUCAAGGGCCAGUAUGACGAGGCCAUGGAUACCAUUGACCAGCUCAGGAGGGAGAAUGGUGCUCUGAAGGAUGAGGUCCGUGAUCUGUCCGACCAGCUGUCAGACAGCCAGAAGUAUGUCCAUGAGCUGGAGAAGGCCAAGAAGAGGCUGGAUCUGGAGAAGGAGGAACUGUUGGCAACUAUUGAGGAGCUGGAGGCUUCUCUGGAAGGGGAGGCAGCCAAGGUGUCUCGCUUGCAGGCUGAGAUUGUCCAAGUGAAGUCUGACUGUGAAAGGAGAAUUGCCGAGAAGGAGGAGGAGUUUGAAACCACACGUAAGAACCUGUUGCGCCAGCUCGAGUCUCUCCAGGCCAGUCUGGAGGUGGAGACCAAGGCCAAGAACGAAGCCAUCCGUGCCAAGAAGAAGCUGGAGGCAGACCUGAACGAGCUGGAGGUUGCCCUGGACAACGCCACCAAGGCCAACGCAGAGGCCAAGAAGACAAUCACCAAACUGCAGGUCACCAUCAAGGAACUACAGGUUCAGCUGGAUGAUGAGAUCCGCAGCCGUGAGGAGCUGCGUGAGCAGUACGCUCUCCUGGAGAAGCGCCUGCAGCUGACCAUCACAGAGCUGGAGGAUCUCCGCGUUCUGUACGAGCACUCCGAAAAGGUCCGCAAGGCAGCUGAGGCCGAUGCCCAGGACCUACAGGACCGUAACAAUGAGCUGGCGGCCCAGAAUGCUUCGCUGUCUGCCCACAAGAGGAAGGUUGACGCGGAGCUGCAGGCCCUGCAGGUGGAGCUGGACGAGACAGUCGCUGAGCUCAAGGCAGCAGACGAGAGGGCCAAGAAGGCUGCUGCUGAGGCUGCCCACCUGGCAGAUGAGCUGCGUGCAGAACAGGAGACCUGCCUGCAGCUGGACAAGACUAAGAAGAACCUGGAGGUCACCCUGAAGGACCUGCAGCUGCGCCUGGACGAGGCCGAGGCCAUCGCACUCAAGGGAGGCAAGAGGCUCAUCCAGAAGCUUGAGUCCAGGGUGCGUGAGCUGGAACAGGAGCUUGAGAACGAGCAGAGGCGUCACUCUGAGACACAGAAGAACAUGAGGAAGAACGAGCGCCGCCUCAAGGAGCUCAGCUUCCAGGCCGAGGAGGACCGCAAGACCCAGGAGCGCAUGCAAGAACUUAUCGAGAAACUACAACUGAAGAUCAAGUCUUACAAGAGACAAGUGGAGGAAAUCGAGGAGCAGGCCACCAUCAACCUUUCCAAGUUCCGCAAGACCCAGCACGAGCUGGAGGACGCAGAGGAGCGGGCGGAGAUUGCGGAGGGCUCCCUCAACAAGCUGCGGGCACGCAACCGUGGCACGGUUUCUCCUGCCACUCGCAUCACGGUCAAGAGAACUGUUGUGAAAAGAUCUGUCUCACCAGUCAAGCAGUGAAAACUGUGGCUGUUGUGCAUACAUAGCAAUGGAGUGAAAACAAAGUCGUAACAUGCCAACUAACUUGCUGACAAACACCCCUCCCCUAUGUGUGCUUCCAACCCUAUCCCAUCCCACCCCACCCCACCCCCUCGUCCCGACCCCCUUCUCCUCUCACAGACUCCUACCACUGGAAGCCGCAGCAACGGUCCGUACACAGACAAGACCUUCGAGACCAGCUCCUACCCGAGGAGGUACUACUCGUCACACGGUUCUACGCCGUCCACGCCUCCCCGAGAUCUAGAGGACGGAGACCGUACUCCACCCAGACGACCUUCCAUCUCGCAGCUCUCCACGGGGUCCACGGGAACGCCGCACAGCUCCAACACCAACAACACUCCAGAGGCAGAAGUGGAUGGAGGAGAAGAAGAGGAAUAAGCAAUAAAACUUCCCCAUUGUAAACUAUAAAUAAUGUGCAUUUUUGUGAUGGACAGGAAAAGUAUCUACAGUAUAUUAUGCCUUGUAUGUGCCUGAGCUGAGUGACGUUACAAGUUAAGUAAGCACCAUAUGAAGUAUACCGUUACACGUAAGGAAACGUAAGCUACUUUUUUUAGUGCAAGUUUAAGUUAGUGUGGUGCCCUGGAGGUCAUGUCUCAGUGUAAGGCAGGGCUGAACUGUGUGGAUCAGACACAGACACAGACAGCACUUUGGCAGUGAGAUUUCCAACUGUACUAAGGGACCAGCCCCUUCACAACAUAGACCAUGUACAUCUGGUAUCAGCAAGUUACACAGUUAUUUUUUAUACUCCCGAUUUAGUGUAUAGAGACCUUGGAAGAUUGGAAUCAGAGAGGGAGGAGUAUGCCAGUACACUUGGAGCGGCAGGGAAAUGUAUGGAAUAAAAGAUUGUUAAACCUGUCGUCAGGAGGGAGACACAAUCAGGGUUGAGCAAACAGUUGUACCAAACAGUGUAAGAACAGUUCCUAGCCAGAUACAACCAAAGACCAAACUGUAUUACAGUGGUGCUAAGUGAAGGAACCUCUUUAUUAGGCUGUUGUGAGACAUGGCUGACAGUGAUGCAGAAACACACUCUGGCGGGAGGGGCUGAGAGGUCAAUGCACUGCUAUAAGUGCCAUAUCACAAAGUUUUUGUAUCAAAAUAUAUGCACCAAUUAGGUGGUUACCAUUAGUGUACUCCUUCCACACUUGUGUAGAUCCCAGCACAUUUAUGCUGAAACCGCCACAAACAAGUGUUAGAAUUUUAUGAAUUUUUCAUGGUAACGCAACAUUUUUUAUCCUAUGUUUAUGCAUCGAAGAAGCCUGCUAGAGACAUGUAAGAGGCCUUAUAGUGCCUGCAGUCAUAGUAAGUCGACCAAGUAGAGGUAUUUUUGUAUGAGGUGAAGUGAGGUAGAGAUGUGAGUGCCAAAAUGAAGCAGGAUGAUUCUGAUAAAUGCUGCCAGUUUUGAAACAAUCAUAAUUAUGAAUUUAUCAUCACCAAUAUUAUGACAAAUAUAUUAUGUAAUGAUACAGAGGUAGAUGCUGACUGUGCCGUCAUUCUAAAAAAAAAACAAAUAAAAGCAUUCUUGCUUUUA